AUGGCAGAAAUCGCUCCAACAGCAGCUCCUGCUCCGGUUAAGGCUGCUAGGACCACCAAGAAGAAGGCCGCUACCAAGCCUAAGAAAGCGGGACCCAGCGUGUCGGAUCUCAUCGUCAAGGCAGUGUCUGCUUCCAAGGAGCGCAGCGGGGUGUCCCUGGCAGCGCUCAAGAAAGCUCUGGCGGCCGGCGGCUACGACGUGGAAAAGAACAACUCCCGGGUCAAUACGGCGGUCAAGAGUCUGGUGAGCAAGGACACCCUGCUGCAGACCAAGGGCGUCGGCGCUUCUGGCUCCUUCAAACUCAACAAAAAGGUGGCUGAAGCCAAGGAUAAGGCAGCUAAAAAGAAGGCAGUGCCCAAACCCAAGAAGCCAGCGGUGAAAAAAGCUGCUCCUAAGAAGGCUCCAGCAAAGAAACCCGCAACCAAGAAACCAGCUACCAAGAGCCCUAAGAAGGCAAAGAAACCUGCGGCUAAGAAGGCAGCAACAAAGAGCCCCAAAAAGGCAAAGAAACCAGCAGCUAAAAAGCCAGUUAAGAGCCCAAAGAAAGUCGCUAAACCCCAGCCGGCGAAGACAAAGCGGGCAGCUCCUAAAAGGCGCUGAGCUGAACAGUCUGAUGUAACCGUGUUGAAAUGAACCCAAAGGCUCUUCUAAGAGCCACCACAACUUCCUAAAAAGAGCAAAUUAUAAACUAAAUUAGAUUAUAUAAUGCACGUGAAAUUCAAAUACAUGUUUAUUUUCUGUCAUAAGAAACGUCUCCAAGCAAGCAAUGUUACACCCUCCCGCUUGCACAGAAAUAAGAAAACUAACUGCCUUUUUCUUUACCUUUCUAAACUCAAUUUUGAAUUGGUAAAUAACGAUUUGGUUUUAAGAAUGUUUUAAAACCGAUUGCUAGUUCCGAGAGCAGGACAACCUGUUAGUGUGACAUGCGGGGAAAUGAAACUGCUAUGGUUAAAAUAAGGUUGAUACAAUUGGAAUUGUAUGAGUUAAAGAUACUAAUACAGAGAUUUCAUACAUUGUUAAAAGUAGUUGUUUUACUGUGAAGUAAAGUCACAGUAACGAGCGAUUCAUGCAUUUCUAUUUACAUGAAUUGUAUAUGUACCUGGAGUUUUCAAUGCAUUUGAGUACCCUAGUGAGAAUAAUAUCAGCGCAUUUAAGAUGUGCAAUAUUGCAUGCAAGUUAUACAUUAUGUUGUAAAAUAACAAAAAGUUGUAGCAGUACUUUUAAUAUGGUGCCUGUGUGGUGCACAUUGCACUACAGUACUACAUUGAUAUUCAGGAACUAAUAAUUUACGAGUAUUAACGAUUCAUUGAUGGCGAUUGUAUUGUGACUUUGGUGGGUCAUUAUUGUUAUCAAACAUGAGAAAAAGAUUGUUAUGAUCUGUAAACAUGUUUAAAAUGAAAAAUGAUAAACUCGCUCUUAGACUGAACCCAUCGAAGGGAAGAAAAUAAGGAAACCUUUUUGUUCUUAAGAAGCUGUGUCUUCUCUUUGUAUUUCUAAAC